UUUGGCAUCGCUAACCUCAAUCUUUAGAAUCGAACAUUUUCAAACACGUUUAUUUCAUUAAUAAAAAAAAAAUUAUUUCCUGCAAUAAUUCAGAAACAGUUGGAGAAAAAAAAAUAACUAAAUAAUGCAAAGAUAUUUACUGACCUUUUCCUACAUAGGCACAGCUUUUAGGGGUUUACAAAGGCAAGUUACUGGUGCUCUUCCUAGGCAAGAUGAUCCAUCCACAGUUCAGGGAUGUCUGGAAAUGGCUAUCCAGAGGAUGCAAGCAAAAAAUAUGCCAUACAUAGUAUCAUCGAGUAGGACUGACGCAGGAGUUCAUGCAUUAAGCAAUACAUGUCAUGUUGAUCUUGAGAGCCCAGAUAAUGAGCCGUAUGAACCAAGAUAUGUCACUUCUUCUAUAAAUAAAUUUCUCUGCAAAUCUAAUAUUCCUAUCAAAAUCACUAGUGCUUUUGCAGUUCCUGAAACAUUCCAUUGUAGGCAUAACGCAGUUAAACGCACAUAUUUGUAUAAAUUGAUAGUAAUAAACCCGGACGUUCUCACAACCCAUCCUUUAUUACAACAUGUACCUAUAGAACUUAAUGAGAGAGCUUGGUUCCCAACUUUUACUGAAUUCGAUGAGGAAUCGAUGAUGGAAGCAGCUAAGCUAUUUCUUGGUUACCAUGACUUCAAAACAUUCUCAGCUAAAGAUACUAGUUAUUUCAAAUACCAUGGAAAACAAAGGUUGACCAGAAGAACUAUAACUAAAUUAUCCAUCGAAAAAUCGCCCAUGAACUUAUACAGUUCCUAUAGUAUGCCCACAUAUUAUGGAUUCAAUAGAAAAGUGUCAUACAAAAGUUACGAUAUCUACAUAGAAUCAGCCGGAUUUCUUCACAAUCAGGAAGGCCCACUUAAAGAUUGACUUUCUAAUGAUAAAUCAACCGCCCUGGAUAUAACUGGUUGUGGCUUCCUCUCGAUGGAAUGAUACUUCCAGAAUUUAGCGUUGCGAGGUCCCCAACACUUUUGAGAAUUGACGACCCCAUUGUUUUAAAUUGGCUAUCCUUCACGAUGCAAUCAUAAAGAACUAGGUGCCAACUCCACCCAGGCUUUAAAAUUGGAUUUGGUAUUGAUCGAAAUCGAAACCAUAUCCACUAACCCGAAGAAAAUGAGGAAACUAACGCAUUUCUUGAAUCCGCUCGAGUUUUAGGUGAAAUUGUUCAAAUUUCACUUAGAAUGGUUUCUGACGCCUCGGAUAAUAUGUCGGUUCAAUUCCAAUGUCAAAGCAUCACCGUUUAGUUAGUAUCGCGAAUAAUUUUUAUCGUUACUAUCUUUUUUUUUUUCUGAAGGGCCGAUACAUCUAAUCCGUUCGAAAAACAUAAGACUAAUUUUAUUUACUCACGAAUUACGAGAUUUUGUGCUUAUAGUGAUAGCUUGGAGGAAGCAUAUAUGAGGUUGGGUUUUCAAAAACUUUAGAUUUGCAUAUCUCCGAAUAGGUAUGGAAAAAACUUUUAAAAAUGAUGAAUGCGGAAACCUAACGGCGAACUUCGACACUCACCCCCAAUCAAUCAACCUUCGCGCAUGUAAAGUAGUUUCUGAGGACAAUGAUGUAUCACUUGUAGUACUAAUGAAACAUCAAAUACUUUUUCAUGUCAAUGGCAAGUUUUUGAAAACCCACCCUGUAUGUCGAAUGAAGCAAAAAGCUGAGAGGCCCAUCGUCGCAUGUUUUAAUUAAUGGGCCGAAGUUUGAGUUACCUCCAUUAUUUUACGGGGUAGGGACUGAACAGAUGUUCAUCUUUUAAAACCUUGCGUCAACGAAAGGGGGUAAAAUUUCAGGGGUCGUGAUGGCUAUGUCUGCUGAUUAGAUUUGUUUCUUUCUUAGUCCUCGGUUUUUAAGAACUGCAUGAAAACUGUAUUGGUUUGAAGUUGUAUCGUUUUUAAUUUUCAAAGUGAAACGAAUCUACUCUGAAAACAUGUGAGGAGCUUCGGAAAUACUCAUCUCAUUUUCCUACACUGACAAAAAAGUACAAUAGGGGCGUAGGUACUGUUCGUUUAAAAUGAUACUAAAUGAAAAGCAUUCUUGAACAUAUAGGUAAACUCAGAGCUUGUUAGAGUUCGUUUUAUUGGAAAGUCCUCCCAUCAAAGCCCCUACUCAUUUCAAAUGAUUUUUACUUUUAUAUCGGACAACUUCGGUUAUGUACAUGACAAAUUUUCAUUUAAAUUAAUCUUCCUGCGAUGCCAUUUUGUUUUGAUAUUCAAACCAAAACAACUUGUGGUCAAUUAAAAAUGCAAUUUUGAUUAUGUUUUUUAAUCUGUAUUCGCAACUUAUCAUCGGGAAAACUCCUGGGGGGGGGGGAAAUAACAGAUAUCUAGAAAAAGAUAAUGUAUAUUUCCUGUAUAACAAUAAUAAAAUAUAUAAAUCUUCAA